GGCCAGCCUGAGGGAGAGAAGGGGGUAGGAUAGGAGAUAUUUCUGUGGGGCAAGGUUGAGGAAGAGAAGGGGAGAGGAGAGGCUACUCAGUAACUACUCAGUUUUCAAGCUGUAAGUGUUGAUUCAUCAAGCACAUAGUUUCGUAGGGGUAUCCAACUAGUACAUCUAUAAAGUCAGCCAUAUUUUCUUUCUCCCAUGAUCUAGCCAGAAUUCCUUGGAAACAUUGCUGUUGAGGAAGUGAAAUGUCCUUCAGGCCAGGGAAGUUUACAUAUGUACACACAGAUACGUUAUUUUUCUUUUUCCAAAGGAGAAGGAAGAAAGAAAAGGCAAAGAUAAGCUGUUAUAGCGAAGCGUGACACCAUCUUGGCAAUUUCUGCUUCUGAGCCAUCCUUUGAAAUCGAUUAGCAGUCUUGAAGCUCAUUCCGCCCUGUUUACUCUUCAGCUGAGAGCCCCGUUAAGAGCCCUCCCCCACCCCAUCCUCUCCCACCGCCCUGAGAACCAGUAGCCGCUUGGCCAUCCUACAGCCUGAGAUGCUUGACAGGCUGCAGGACUGCAGGUUCACCCCUUGGCCCAGGACUGGAGCUAAAGGUGCCCAUCCACUCUGGACACAGCACCCUUUGAAGGAAGGCCUUCUCACUCUGGCAGCUGCACAGCUUCCCAAGGGGUCCCUCUUGCCCCUCCCCUCUCUCGGGUUGCUCCGCCUGAGCUGGCAGGCACAGGGCAACCAAGUGUUGGGCAGGAGCAGCUCAGUUAAUGAUUAGCUCAACCAGCUGCGAGGUUGCAGUUCCUCCACAGAGCCCAUGGCCAGCUGGCAUCCGUUUGCCAACAUGCUUGCCCAGUUCCAGAUGGUGGGGCUCCUGGCUUUGCUUCAGGGGCUGCAACUCACCCACUGUCAAGAGUGGAAGCAGCUAGGAGGAUCCCACAAGCAGCCUCUCCCCCUGAAGGACCGGUACGACUUUGCCAUUGUCGUCCCUGCAGGUGACAUUGAAUGCCUCUGGCACUUUGCACACCAAAAUGGCUCCUUCUUCUUCAGCUAUGAGGUGCAGAAGACUUCAGGCCUUGGCCACGACAGACACAUCCUGGCAACAGUGAAUGACCCCAGUGACUUCCACCUCGGCACCUCCCAGGAUGUGCGGGGACAGAUCAACUUCCUUACUCAGGAGACAGGCUUCUACCAGCUAUGCCUGAGUAAUCGAUAUAACCAUUUUGGAACUGUGCAAGUGUAUCUCAACUUUGGGGUCUUCUAUGAAGGUUUUGAUCUAGAAACUACUGAGCUCAAGAGGGCGGAACUCAAUGGCACUCUGGAAGCAAUUGAGAAGAGCACUACCAAGCUGCUUAUCAAUGUCUUCCACAUGUGGCGCUACUACAACUUUGCUCGAAUGAGGUCAAGGACAGAUUUCAACUUUCUCCAGUCCAACUACACUUACAUGAACUGGUGGUCAGCAGCUCAGAGUGUUGCCAUUGUGCUCUCUGGCAUCCUUCAGCUCCAUUUCCUCAAGAACCUCUUUGUUAUGCAGCCCAGCAACAAGCCUAGGUGCUGAAGCUUCAGUAGGAUGCAAUGCCAAACCCCAAAGCAGGAGGAAACUCCCCCCAAUAACCAAGCUAUGUUAAAAUAAAUAUUAAUUGAAUUUUAAAAAUACAUUAUGCUGUAACAAGAGUUGAGACAUCUUAUAUAAUCCAAAUAAAACAGGGACAUGCAACCAGAA